AUGUAUCUGCUAUUUCUUGAUGAAAUAAAUUUUCAGGCUAGAUACGUAGAAGUACUUGGAGAUGGUGUUGUAGAUGUCAAUAGUGACAUAAUUCAAGUGUUGUACUUUACAACUGUAGUAUCACAUGAUGUAUUGAAUUCCAAUACUGGAGCAUUUGAAGUUUCCAUUGUUGAUUACGUUGACGGAUUUGUUGUUGACUACUUUGAUGAAUUUGUCCCAGCAUUCGGCACUGUUGGCCUAAUAGUAACUGUAUCCAGUCUGUCAUACACAAGCAGUUCAUUAAAAGUUGGAGAGAAUAUAACACUUUCAUACAAAGCAUACUUCAAUGCAGAUACACUCUCUAGGGAUGGUGAAAAUCUGUAUUUACCAGUGACUGUUAAAUGGAAAACCCUGUCAAAAUCCCACUUAAAACCUUUGUUUUCAGGCACUCAACAUGGACCUAUUCAGGAUAGCAUUUGUGUGCAGAUUAUUGCAAAUUAUGAUUCCUCUGAGCCUGUGACAAAACACGGCUUAGCCGCACUCGCCUUCUUUAUAUGUGUUCUGAUCGCUGUAAUCUUUGUUGUAAUUGUUGCUAUUCUAUGCAUCCAGUUCUGCUACAUAGGUCCAUAUUCGAUCGUGCAGCCUGUAGAGAGGGGACAAACACGAGGGCUUUUGAUAGACAGCAACUUAGCAGGAAAGACAAUUGCCUGUAGUUAUGAAGAAUCUUCAUUGGUAUCAGUGAAUGAGAGUAUAGUUAUGAUUCUAAUUCUGGAACAGAGUUCAAAGAAAUACAUAGAGUUUGAUAAUUUGGAUAUUUUGAAUACAAUUACUCUUGAUGUUGAGCUUGAAGAGCAGAGAGUUGAGGCUAUGGCCAAGUCGUUUGAGUUACUUAUUCAAAAAUGGGCACAAAAGAAAGAAAUAGCAAAGGAAGUGGAUAGCAAAGUGGGAAUGGAAUUUCAAAGGCGUUUGAAGGAUUUAACGAAGAAGAUGAAUAGUGAACUUAGACGAGAUUCUCUAUUGUUGAGAAAACAAUUGACUGCUAUGAACAGUAUUAAACUGAUCCAACUACAAAAGAAACAAAAAAAGGAAAAUCAGAAGGCCUUUGAUGACACGAUGUCUCUGCAUGAUGGUCACGGUCAAUCAGAUAUCAUGCAGCUAUUACAGCAGCAGCAUCAAGCGGAGACAGAAAAAUUGUUGUUUAUGCUUAAGCUUCAACAAGAUGAAAAUCAAGAGGUCUUACGAAAGGAAUAUGCCAUUCAAAAGCGUAUUGGAAUCAGGUCCAUCCAGCAGGAAUGCUUGGAUGAGGUGAUUACACAAGGAAACUUGAAUGAGGAACAAGCUAGGGAGUUAAUAACAGAUCACUGGCAAAAUAUGGCCGUCAUGGAAGUAAGAAUGGAUGAAGAAAUAUCAAAACAGAGGAUGUUUCUCGAAGAACAAUUUGAGCGACACAAAGUUCUAGUGGCCAGAAAUGUUUCCCAAGAGGAGCAUCAUAAAGGAAUUCUAAACAUGAUGGUAAAGCAGACAGUGGGUGUGCUAUACCAACUACAUGAAGAUGAUCGACUUAAUAAAGAAGAAGUUCGUCAGUAUGUAGACAAGUUUCAAAAUGAGGUGGUUGUUGCCAAAGAUAAGUAUGAGCAGGAGAAGAAAAAACAAGAGAAACAUUUGCACACGCGAAUGAGUGCUUUAAAAAAACAAAAGCUUAGAGAAAAGGUGAAGGACAAUAACUCGAAACUUGAAGAGUUUGAAAACGAACAAAAGAAAAAGCAAGCAAAUGGCAAAUUUGAGUCUAGUGAAUACUUAGAUUCUAAACUGACGUUGUUUAGUAAACACAAGCUCAAACUAAAAGACACUGAGAAUGAGUUGGAUAAGGAGGCAGCGAGGAAACUGGAGGAAUUGAGGGAAAAACUAAGAGAAAAUAUGGAAGAAACUAUAGAGAAAACUAGGAACCAUCUUUAUUCUGAUCUCAAAAGCAAAGGUUUGACUAAGAAGAUGAAGGAUGAAAUAUUAGAGGAACAUCAAGAAAAAAGAGACCAACUGAGAAAAGAAAGGGACAAACGAAAAACAAAACAAGAAGAAGAAAUAAAGAAACGCUUAGCUGAAAAAAGAAAAAUAUGGGUAAAUAGGAAAGCAGACGAAAGAUAUGAACAAAUGCAAAUUCGUGAACAUGAAAGCAAAAUGGUUGGAAAACUUCUGGCAGCACAAUUAGUGAUGUCUGAAAUUGAUAGAUACAAGAUAAUGCAGGAACAUAAAAAACUGAUGGUCAAAUUAGAAAAUAACUUAACACUGAACAAACUUCACCAAAGGCGAAAAAUGGAAGAAAAAAUUGAAGUUAGAAGGGCAACAGAGAUGGAGAAAUUAGAGAGGCAACAGCAGCAAGAAAAGAGAAGACUUUUGCGAUCUAAGCAGCUUGGUAGUGAUAAUGAAGAUGAUAGAGAGGAAAGCCAGAUGAUGAUGAUUAAACAUGCUGAACAACGAUUAGCUCUGCUAAGUUCUGAGAAACCCCAGGCAGAGGAUGACUUUGAUAAUAUUCGUGUUGAGAUGCUUCAUGAGCGUUCACGAGAACUAAAGAAGCAGGAAGAAAAACUUGGUUCUAUGAUAGUAGAACUUCAGAUGGAAAAGGCCCGUGAGAUGGCUACAAUUCAAGAGCAACAGAAAGCACUUAUGCAAUUGAAAAUUAGCAUUUUGGAUGAUAUGACUGAGAGAGACAUCAUCCAGAAUUUACAAUCAAAGAAAAUUAUUGAAAAUUAUCGAAAGGAAAUCCGUCAACUGGAAGGUAAACUGAAUGAUGCCAGAGAAAAGCAGGAGAAAGAGUUCAAGAAGAAACUGAAAGAAAUGCAAGUGGAACGAGAGAAAGCAUUUCUUCAAGAGCAAGAGAUUUCACUCCAAAAAAUCGUAGAAAAGGAUGCUAAUAGUACUAAGGCCAGACUUAAAAAAGUUGCCGUAAAACACAAGCAAACAAUUGAACUUGAGAAUUUCAGACAAACUCUUCAGGUAGAAAUACGUCAGUCACUAGAAGAUCUAAGAAGACGUUUUGAAAUAAAGCAAUUAAAAGCAAUACAAGAUCAGGUAACCUGCUAAGUGUCUAUGACUAUAACAGAUUUAAUGUUAACCUUUGGGGUUGUGCAAGU